CCUCUGACAGGAUUACACGAGUUUCCUCAAUUGAACACAGCGAAGUUAGACGCUUGGACAUCCUGCUGCAGACUCUCGUGCUUUUGGCUGAAAAGAAGAAACUCGACCACAGUUACUUUUCUACCCCAGUCGAUCAAAUGUGACAGGUCUGCGCUGUGAUCACAGGAUUACGUGUUUUCUGUGCUGUUGGUCGCUGCUGCUGCUGCUGCAACACUAAAGACUAAUGUGUGCACACGCCCGCACUUCAGAGAAGCUGCCCGUGAACUCAGCCUACUUUAGUUUAGACCACAAGUCGUCAUGAUGACUCGGAUUUUCUGGGAUACAAUUUUUCUCAUCAGCGGUUCCCUCUUUACGAUUGGAGCAGGACCGAGCAAUUUGACAAUUAUUGAAGCCAGCGUAUCCAACGACACAAACUUCACUGCUGCUCCGAUCGCCUCAACAAGCAGCUCUGCAACAAUCAGCAGCAGAAGCACAACUACCACAACUAUUGCACCUACUACAGCAACAAACAUCCCUCCAGUUAAAAGUUCCCUCUUUACAUUUGGAGCAGAACCGAGCAAUUCGACAAUUAUUGAAGCCAGCAUUUCCAUCGCUACAAACUUCACCGUUGCUCCAAACACCUCAACAAGCAGCUCUGCAGCAACCAGCAGCAGAAGCAAAACUACCACAACUAUUGUACCUACUACAGCAAUUAACAUCCCUCCAGUUAAAAAGUUUGUGGCAGCGGCUGUUCGGUCUCAUUUUGAUGACUGUCCAGACUCCCACCGCCAUUUCUGCUUCCACGGCACAUGCCGCUUCCUGAUCUUAGAAGAGACGCCUGCGUGUGUGUGUCAUCCAGGCUUCAUUGGGAUGCGGUGUGAGCAUGCAGACCUGCUUGCUGUAGUGGCAACUAAUCACAGACAACAGACCGUCGCCACAGUGCUGGUGUUGUGUGUGAUUGGGUGUGUUCUCAUCAUGUUGUUGUGUACGCUUUUACAUUGCUGGUGGAGGCAGGACUGUCGCAGGCGGAGCCACGCACAUCACUAUGUCCCAGAGAAGCACGGAGCAUCCUGCCAUCCUUCUGAGAGUGGUACUUUAUUUAUGUUUUACACAGUAAGGUAUAAAGGCUAG